AAUGAAUGAGCUGGCCAGAUACAGCUCACGAGAGUUGAGUCAUACAAAUUUGAAGAAGAGAAGAGUACAACAUGCUGCUGCUGUGAGGAGCUGUAAUUUUAAAUAUAACACUACAUAUUCAUAUCAAACUGGACCAAAAUUAACCAGUUUAUCGAAAAAAGAUGGCCCGAGGAGAAGGCGCCGAGCAGUACACCGCAACUUUACUGGCAACGACAGUCAAACCUAUGAAGACAGAAAUCAAGGCGGUCAAGUCAAAAGAACAGAGGAGGGACACACAGAAACUCUCUUUGUGGAGUAAACUGUGCUAUGCCAUCGGAGGAGCUCCCUACCAGAUAACAGGCAGCGCUCUGGGCUUCUUUCUCCAGAUCUACCUGCUCGAUGUGGCUCAGCUGGAUCCUUCCUACGCCUCCAUCAUCCUGUUCGUUGGUCGGGCCUGGGAUGCCAUCACAGACCCAACUGUGGGGUUCUUGGUGAGCCGGAGUAAAUGGACUGGCAUCGGCCGCAUGAUGCCCUGGAUCCUUUGCUCGACUCCGUUUGCAGUGCUGACUUACCUCCUAAUCUGGUACGUGCCUCCGUUUGAGGAAGGAAAAGUCAUCUGGUACCUGGUGUUUUACUGCCUCUUUCAGUCAAUGCUGACGUGCUUCCAUGUUCCAUAUUCAGCCCUCACCAUGUUUAUAAGCAGUGACCAGAAGGAGCGGGACUCUGCCACCGCCUAUCGUAUGACGGUGGAGGUGCUGGGUACUGUGCUGGGCACGGCGAUCCAGGGACAGAUAGUAGGUGGAGUCUCCAGUUGUCCCACUGAGCCUGAAAACUCCAACAGCACAAACAUCACUAUGAACACGACCAUAAUUUCGCUGGAAGAUACAAAACGAGCCUACCUGCUUGCUUCCGGGGUCAUCUGCAUCAUCUAUGUCGUUUGUGCUGCAGUCUUGUUUUUUGGUGUGAAGGAGCAAAAAGAGAGCGGUUGUAAAACCUCAACUCCGCCGCUCACCUUCCGUCAAGGCCUGUGGGUGAUCAUGAGUCACGGACCCUACGUCAAGCUGGUCAUCGGCUUCCUCUUCACAUCGCUGGGUUUCAUGUUGCUGGAAGGAAACUUUGCCCUUUUCAUCACCCACGCGCUGGGCCACAGGAAGGACUUCCAGAAUAUCUUGUUGGUCAUCAUGGUAUCUGGAACUUUAACCAUCCCGUGGUGGCAGUGGUUCCUGACUCGGUUUGGGAAGAAGACGGCGACGUACUGCGGCAUGUUGUGGGCAGUACCCUUCAUGAUCCUGAUCGUCUCCAUCCAGAGCCACCUGGUCAUUUCCUACUUGGUCUCCGUGGCAGCAGGUGUGAGUGUGGCAGCAGCGUUCCUCCUCCCUUGGUCAAUGCUUCCGGAUGUUGUGGAUGACUUCAAAGUUCAGAAUCCAGAUGUCCACGGUCAUGAAGCCCUCUUCUAUUCUUUUUAUGUGUUCUUUAUCAAGUUUGCAUCUGGCUUGUCUCUCGGCAUUUCCACUCUCAGUUUAAAAUUUGCUGGGUAUGUGACUGGUGAGUGCUCCCAGCCUGAGGCGGUCAGCUUAACCCUGAAGGUCCUGGUCUCUCCUGUUCCCAUCGUCCUCAUCGUCGUCGGACUUCUGGUGAUUGUGACCUACCCCAUCAAUGAGGAGAGGAGAAAAGGCAACCGCAAACUACUGGAGGAUUUGUUAGACUCCAACUCGGAAACGUCAGAACUGGGAAGCAGUGUGUAGCAGCUGCAUUGAACUCUUGUCAGGACGGGUAGCAUACAGCAGACCAACACAGCUGCCUUUUCACCAGCAUCAACCUACUUUAUACUAUACUAUCAUGCGGGUUCAUGGCGCCCUCCAGUGGCCAAAGUAUUUUGUUUGUUGCCUUUUCAACCAGUUGGGACUGAAUUCAACUGAAAGCAGCUUUAGUUUCAUCACCAUGAAGCCAAAAUGACAACUGAACCGUUAUUUAUUAUCAUCUAUCAUCAGGGCACUAAGAUCUGCUCAUAUGCCAACUACAUGUUUUCACAGAAAUGUAUUGAGACGAUCCACUUUUUUUUUCUGGUUCUGUGUGAAGCCAAAAUCCACCAGCUUUCUUGGUAACACUCCACUUCCUCCUUCGUCUGCUUUACCUCACAAAAUCUUAGUUACAGACGUGAUUUUUGUUGUUGUACCUUAUGAUAUAUUUAUUUAUUGGUUUGUAAGAUCUGACUCUAGUGCGUGCAGGGGAGUGUGAUGUUACUUUUGCUUUCGGCUAUUUAUAUUUAUUAGAAUAUCUCAGUUCAUGGGGUUUGUAAGCACUCUCUCACUGUUUUUCAGUGAGCUUUGUUUACUGUUUUGGUUUUCCGAAGAACAUUUCAUGUUUUGUUUACUUGAAUUUUCUGAAGGUGAAAAUGCAUUUUUGUACCAAAUGAAGUGAAAUCCAUAGUUUAGCUCACUCACAGGCACUUGCUUUUCUAUUUAUGCUUGAAGUUUUUAUUUAUCUGGUGAAGACUUUCUGAUGAUGCAAAGUAGCCUUUCAAUUCCUUUGAGUCUUUUCUCUAUAAAGUGAGCAUCAGUGAGUAAAAGAGGUAACGCUCUCACAUACCAAGAAGGAGGAAGGUUUUAUUUAAAUAUUCAAGCAAGUUGUCUAAGGGAAUGUUAUUUCCUCAUGCAAUCACAAUGUUGUGAUUUAUUAACAGGGGAGCAAAAAACAUAAAAAUAAAUCAAAUUCUUUAAAGUUAAAAGUUAAACGAGCUGCUUUUAGAAUAAUACGAUCGACCAAUAACAUUACUGGAAGGACUUGGGACUGUGUAGUAUUUUCUUUAGGAUUUUUGAAAUGGCACUAAUUGGAGUGAAUUUCUAGCAUGUACAUUUGUAUAUGUAAAUUGUAAAUAUGACAGCAUUGAGCAAUACUUGAAUCAUUAAAAAAAAUGUUUUAUGUAAAAUUGUAAAUCAAUAAAUAAAAAUAGUUGAAACAAG